CAGGGCCGCAUGUUCACAAAGGAAGAGAUACGGAAUGACCUUGGAUUGAUGCAGAAGCUGUUCAGUGUACUGUUUGUUGUGUCAUGCUUGAAAGUACAUCUGUACAUCAUGUUGCUGCAGCUAAAGCAAAAGGCAAUUUUUUUUUUUCACUUUUUAAGGGCGAUUUCAAAAAAUAUCAGAAACAAACAGGGUGUCUCAUGAACUCCUUUUUCAGUUUUCCAUAUGUAAGCCUAAGUACCAGCUUGUAGUUUUCUUCUGUAUCAGAAUUACACUGUAAGAGUUAGGGCAUAGGAGCUUCUCUCUGUGAAGCACAGUGCCGGGAUUGAUUGAGAGUUCAAAUUGGAUAUUAGAAUGGCUUCAAGUGGUAAUGGGAAUCAAAAAGACCAAGGUGAGGAAUCCCUUGUCACUAAUACAAAUGGACAAGUUCCUCUUCACAUUUCAACAUCACAAAGGAUGCUUCUAAACGAUGAAAACCCUCAAAGGUCCCUUAGCAGCUUUAUGUCUACCCCAAAUAGAAUAAAGUUUUUCAAAUUUGGUUCUGCAUCUGCGAAAUUCAAGCGUAUAGCUGAAGAGAGAGAUGAGAUUUCUCGGUUGGUGGCUUCCUCAAGUGGUCAUCGUUUUCGAGAACGCCUGACUGGGGUUUUUGCAAAAAAAAUUGAUUGGGUUUCUCUCAUGAAAAUGUCUAAGCAAUGGAUUAAGGACCCAAUGAAUAUGGCCCUCUUUGUAUGGAUUAUGUGUGUUGCUAUCUCAGGUGCUAUUCUGUUCCUUGUCAUGACUGGAAUGUUGAAUGCAGUGCUUCCUAAGAAGUCCCAGAGAGAUGCAUGGUUUGAAGUCAACAAUCAAAUUCUCAAUGCGCUAUUUACUCUUAUGUGUCUGUAUCAACACCCUAAACGAUUUUACCAUCUUGUGCUUCUUUGUAGAUGGAAACCAGAAGACAUUUCCCGACUCAGAAAGAUAUACUGUAAGAAUGGGACCUAUAAGCCCCAUGAGUGGGCACACAUGAUGGUGGUUGUUGUGCUACUCCAUAUUAACUGUUUUGCUCAGUAUGCCCUUUGUGGUCUGAACUUAGGAUACAGGAGAUCUGAGCGACCUGCCAUUGGAGUUGGAAUAUGUGUAUCAGUUGCAAUAGCUGCACCGGCGAUGGCUGGUGUUUACACCAUUGUUAGCCCUCUUGGGAAGGAUUAUGAUUCUGAAAUGGAUGAGGAAGCACAAAGGCAGAUUGAUACUGGUGAAAGUAGGAGGCCAGAGCAGUUAAGGCGACAAUCAUUGGAGAAGAGAUACUCAUUUGCAUCUGGAGGUGAAGAAAGAAUUGUUGAGAGUAGACCACUCUGGAGUGGAGGGAUCCUUGACUUUUGGGAUGAUAUUUCUCUAGCUUAUCUUUCUCUUUUUUGUAGUUUUUGUGUCUUUGGGUGGAAUAUGGAGAGACUUGGGUUUGGGAACAUGUAUGUACAUAUUGCAACUUUUCUCCUGUUUUGUAUGGCUCCUUUCUGGGUUUUCAACUUGGCUGCUGUGAAUAUUGAUAAUGAGACUGUCAGAGAGGCUCUUAGUGUUACCGGAAUUGUUCUUUGUAUGUUUGGUUUGCUAUAUGGUGGCUUCUGGAGGAUUCAAACGAGAAAGAGAUUCAAUUUGCCAGCUUAUAGCUUCUGCUUUGGUCAACCAGCAGUUAGUGAUUGCACACUGUGGCUAUUCUGUUGUUGGUGUGCUCUUGCUCAGGAAGCACGCACUGGGAAUUCUUAUGAUAUUGUAGAAGAUAAGUUAAUAGAAAAGCAAAUGGACAAUGGUAACCAGCAGCUGAUAUCACCUUUACCUCGUGAAGAUGGGAUUGGGCAAUUUAGUCCUAGCCCUAGUUCUUCACCUGGAUACAAUUCUAGCCCAUCCAUGAAAUUUACAGCCUAUUCUUCAGGUCCUAGAAUAGUUUCAAAGGAAUAUUAUAGUCCAGAACGGCAGCUUUCUAUGGUGAAAGAAGAGUCGUUUGUAUGUGGUAAAGAUGAAACUAUGAUUCCACCCGCUCCAUCAUUGAUACAGAGAGAGGCAACAUAAUUUGCUGAAGUUUUCAAGCAUCAUUGUCCUGGUAUGAUGAAUUGAUGUUCAUGUAGACGGAUGUUUUUGAGAGCAUUGAGAAUGGAUUUACAUAAUUUCACAUUUUCUCAUACUUUCUCAUUUCUUUUCCUUUUUGGAUGAACCUAUGUAAAAUUUACAUUCAGGAGCACAACACUGUUAUUCUGGAGAUAUCUCUUUCUUAGCAGCAUUAGUUUUCAGAUGGUAUUGCAAUUUUUGUUCAUAA